AUGAGCAAUUGGAUCGGAUGGAAGGAUGGGAUGGAUUCUGGCCCAUUGGUGUCUGUGGGUGUGCCCACAGUGCUGCCAGGUUUAGACGAAGCUCUUUACCGUGAGGCAGAGGAAAGGAAGCAUCGCCAGCAGCUUCGGGAACACGAGGCUUGGCUCAGCGCCUUGCAGCAGUCGCAGCCGAAGCUCGGCCGGACGUCGAAAGCACUUUGCCAUGCCCGCUUGGAGCGUGAGCUGCGUGCAGUGUUCUGCAAAUGUGCUCAACAGUGUUAUGUUGAGCUGCCCGGGCAAAGUCACAUGCUUGCAGUUCCAAGAUCGAGAUUAGGCGAUGUGCUGGAGGCGAUGGAUUUUCUUUCUGCCCAUGACGAGAAAGUAUUCUGUGAAAAACUGGCUCUGUUGCUAGACAGGGAGGAGACGGGAAUGAUCCAACUCAGCAGGCUACUCGACUUUGUGCUGACAGCACUCGACACUGUCUCUCACCAGCCAGACCGCCCCUCACCUUCAUUGACACCGCUGAGCCUGGAAGACGAAUGCUUCAACCAGUUGGAGUGGCAGCUGUCGAAAGCCUUCACGCGAAUGCUGUCAAAUAGACAUUGUCGUGCCACCACUCAGUCGUGCCAUCGUCGAACAACAGAACGCGAGGUUCGCGAGGCCUCUCAGGAAGAUGUUCCAACACCCCGCCGGCGAUUGCAAAGACCGUUGUCCGCCCGGAACUAUCGGGAGAAGUGUGGGGGGAAGCCGGUGUCCCGCUGUCACCUUCUGUACCACCAGGCUAUUUUUGCUGCCCGUGAAGGGGCACAGCUUGAGGACGAGAUUAAGCACUUGAAAGACUUGGAGGAAAUGCGAGAAUGCACGUUCAAACCUCAGCUGGUGUCGUCUUUCCGUUCGUUUCGUCCGUCGCUUCGGCCGCAGGUUCGCAACUUCGACUCGACAGUUGCUCGCAUGAAGAAUGCCCACAAGCAGCAUGAAGAAAAGAGAGAUCGAAGCAAUCGGAUUCCAAGUGGAGAGAACUACGAGCGUUUGAGAAGGCUUGGAAUGCAGCCUUUCUCAUGUGCUUUUCGUGAGCGUAGUAUACGUCCCCAGCUUUUGGUGUACGUCGAUGUGAAGGUGGGGCCUGGACGGACUGGCCGCAUUGGAGUGCACGAGGGUGACGACUUGGCAAAGCUUUCGCGGAACUUUGCCAAGACAUUCCAACUGGACAAAAGUGCCCAGGAGCGUCUGGAGCAGCAUUUGCUCCAGGCAUGCGACCAGGAUGUGGAUGCUGAGUACCUGAAGAAGACCACGCAGGAGUAUGUUCUCGCCAGCAGUGAGAAGCUUUCAACUCCGGAGGUGUCGGGAUACGAUUUCAACAAAGGCGUAGAUUUCAACGAGAUCCUAUCGUCUUUCAGCAGCACAGGAUUCCAGGCAACCAACCUGGCAAAGGCCAUCGAAGAAGUCAACCGCAUGCUGGACUGGUCCCUUGCGGAUGAUCCGGUGCCUGAUGACGAGGUUGAUGAGUUCAAAACGGAGGAGGAGCGCCGAAAGGUGAAGACCAAGAUUUGGCUAUCCUACACAUCCAACUUGAUAAGCUCGGGGCUUCGGGAGUGCCUGCGCUUCCUGGCGCAGCACAGCAUGGUUCAAGUCAUGAUAUCCACUGCGGGCGGGAUUGAGGAGGACAUAAUUAAGUGCCUGGCACCCACACACCUCGGCGAAUUCGCUUUGGAUGGUACUGGACUUCGACGACGCGGCAUCAAUCGAAUUGGAAACCUCCUGGCUCCCAACGACAACUACUGUUUGUUUGAGGACUGGAUAAUGAAAAUCCUCAAUGCCAUGCAUGAUGAGCAGGAAAACGACGGUGUUGUGUGGUCUCCGUCCAAGAUGAUUCAUCGAUUUGGGAAGGAGAUAAACCACCCCGCCUCGGUCUGCUAUUGGGCAUAUCGCAACAACAUACCCCUUUUCUGCCCAGCGAUCACGGAUGGCUCGAUAGGGGACAUGCUGUACUUCCACAGCUACAAGCGAAGUGGCUUUGUGGUGGAUCUGGUGCAGGACAUCCGAAGAGUGAAUGAUGAGGCCAUGAAAGCUCGAAAGACUGGAGUCAUUGUUCUUGGAGGAGGCUUGGUGAAGCACCACUGCAUGAAUGCGAACCUCAUGCGAAAUGGUGCCGACUUCGUCGUGUAUGUGAACACCGCUCAGGAGUUCGAUGGCUCGGACAGUGGUGCACGCCCCGACGAGGCAGUGAGCUGGGGAAAGAUCCGGAUGGAUGCCAGGCCGGUGAAGGUGGGGCCGAAGCGGAGUGUGUUGUGUUUUGUUUUUUGUUUGGAGCGGGCCAAGGUCCUUAACCAGGCCCGGGCCCGCGACGGCCUGUAG